GAAGACGACAUUGAAAUGAUGAAAUUGUCUUUCACUAAACGUAAACAUAAAAAAUCAUGCGAAAACGCAUCAGCUGUUAUUCCAACUCGGGUUAUUCAUAUUUUCAGGGUCACGUCAACCGUUACACCAUUUGCAAUUUGUUGAAUUUAGUUUCAAAUGUAAUAUAUAAAAGCAAAAUAAAUUGGCGAUUAAUCUCCGUGCGAGGAAACGCCUAGCGAGUUUCGGAAAGGGUAAAUCUAUAGAUCUAGCAUUUUUUGCGACUUGAUAUAUUAUUAAAUAGAAAAGUAAAUAGAAAAAAUAUUGGAAAUCAUUUGAUAAUUUUGGCUAGGGAUCAUCCUAGAAUUUAAUCCCUAGAGAGGCAGGAUCGAAUUGUCCAAAGAGAAGCACUCUUCUUCUUAAUUCAGUGUUUGUAGACUCAUCUCGAUUUCUAGGGCUCUUUUCUGUGAUCCAAUCGAAUGAACUCUACGGCGAACUCCGACAACGGCCGCCGAAACGAAAACUGCGACGCCGGAGAUGGUCAAGAUCUGAUCUUGCACUUCUUAGACAAGGUUCGUCUCUCGCGAGGGGACGCGAUGGAGGAAAGUGAAGGUGAAGAAUCGCCGACGGAGCUUAACACGAUUAACAGCGCAGGCGGGUUUCUGAUUGUCUCUCCCGAUAAGCUUUCCGUCAAGUACACCAACACGAAUCUGCACGGCCACGACGUUGGCGUUGUUCAAGCGAAUAAACCUGCUCCCUUCAAGUGUCUUACUUACUACUUCGAGAUUUUUGUUAAGGAUGCUGGCGUUAAAGGGCAAAUCGCCAUUGGUUUCACUAAGGAGAGCUUCAAAAUGCGCAGACAACCCGGAUGGGAAGUAAACAGCUGUGGCUAUCACGGGGACGAUGGAUAUCUCUAUCGAGGAAAGGGAAUAGGUGAAGCCUUUGGUCCAACUUAUACGACAGGUGAUACGGUUGGCGGUGGUAUAAACUAUGGUUCGCAGGAAUUCUUUUUCACUAAAAACGGAGCUCUUGUUGGGAAAAUCCCCAAGGACAUAAAGGGUCAUCUGUUCCCCACUGUAGCUGUACAUAGCCAAAAUGAGGAGGUCUCUGUCAAUUUUGGGAAAACAAAGUUUGCUUUCGAUGUUAAAGGAUAUGAAGCAUCAGAGAGGAAUAAGCAACAAAUUGCUAUCGAUAAAAUAUCCAUACCUCCAAAUAUCGGUUAUGCGCUUGUAAAGGCAUACCUGCUUCACUAUGGGUAUGAGGAGACACUCAAUGCUUUCAACGUUGCUACUGAAACUACUGUCCCCCCAAUCCAUAUAGCUCAAGAGAAUGCUAUAGAUGAGGAUGAUUCAUCAUAUGCUUUGCAUCAGAGAAAGACUAUUAGACAGCUUGUCAGGGAUGGUGAGAUUAAUGCUGCUCUGGCCAGACUACGAGAAUGGUAUCCCCAAAUUGUACAGGAGGAAAAAUCCGUAGUUUGUUUCCUCCUCCACUGUCAAAAGUUUAUUGAAUUAGUACGGGUUGGAAAACUUGAAGAAGGUGUGAAGUAUGGUAGGCUCGAGUUAGCUAAAUUUGUUGGUUUAACCGGGUUUCAAGAUAUAGUCGAGGACUGCUUUGCUUUGCUUGUUUAUCGAAAGCCCGAAGAAUCAUCUCUUGGGUACUUCCUAGAAGACUCGCAGAGGGAACUAGUAGCUGAUGCAGUAAAUGCAGCGAUUCUGUCAACAAAUCCAAGCAAGAAAGAUGAGCAGAGAAGCUGUCACUUGCAUUCCCAUCUCGAGGUACUGCUCAGACAGCUAACCGUGUGCUGUUUGGAAAGGCGGUCACUCAAUGGAAAUCAAGGUGAAACAUUCCGGCUUCACCAUGUUCUAAACAACAACAGUACAAGAAGAUGAAAUUGGAUUGUCUUGUGAAAACUCUGGUUUGUUUGGUUGCUGUCAUCAUAUGUGCCUUAUGUUAAUACCUGUGUGAUAUUAUGUUGAACUUUUGAAUUCUGUAAGAAAAAUAAGGGGUUAAACUUGCAUUUAUGGUUUCUUCAA